AUGUCCGGUCUACUAACAGCUUCAGCUGCGCUGAAGUCUCGUGUCAAAAGGCCUUCUAUGCUCAAGAAGCUUGCCCAUCCUGAAGAUUUGAUAAAGCAUUUUCCUGAUGGCGCAUAUAUUGGGUGGUCCGGCUUCACCGGUGUUGGGUAUCCUAAGAAGAUCCCGACGAUGCUCGCAGACCACGUCGAAAAGAACAACUUGCAGGGGAAGUUGAAAUACUCCCUCUUUGUAGGUGCGAGUUCUGGAGCCGAGACCGAGAAUCGAUGGGCGGAAUUGAACAUGAUCGAGAGGCGAGCACCACAUCAGGUUGGAAAGGCUAUCGCAAAGGGAAUCAACAACGGAGAUAUAAAGUUCUUUGACAAGCAUUUGUCAAUGUUCCCGAGUGACUUGGUCUAUGGAUUUUAUACCAAGGAUAAGCCAAACAACAAGCUGGAUGUUGUUGUUGUUGAAGCGUCAGCAAUUCUCGAGGAUGGUGGCAUUGUACCAGGCGCCUCUGUCGGUGCAUCUCCAGAACUUAUUCAAAUGGCGGACAAGAUCAUCAUCGAGGUAAACACCGCGAUUCCAUCCAUGGAAGGACUUCACGAUAUCACCAUGUCUCAAAUCCCACCACACCGAAAACCGUACUUAAUCAUGGCUCCAGAAGAUCGCAUCGGCACAACUGCCAUACCUAUUGAUACAGAAAAGGUUGUUGCAAUCAUCGAGUCGGACUAUCAAGAUCAGACAUUACCCAACAGUCCAGCCGACGCAUCGUCAGCAGCAAUUGCAAGACACUUGAUCGAAUUUCUUGAGCAUGAAGUUGCGCAGGGCCGUCUCCCACCCAAUCUUCUCCCUCUUCAAUCCGGAAUUGGAAACAUUGCAAAUGCAGUUAUUGGUGGACUCGCUGAAUCCAAAUUUGAGAAUCUGAAAGUAUGGACGGAGGUGUUGCAAGAUACUUUCCUUGACUUGUUCGACAGCGGGAAAUUGGAUUUCGCAACAGCAACUUCUAUCCGCUUCUCGCCUGAUGGCUUCAAGCGCUUCUACGACAACUGGGACCAGUAUCACAACAAGCUCCUCUUGCGAUCCCAGCAAGUCUCGAAUUCCCCCGAAAUCAUUCGACGACUAGGUGUUAUUGGCAUGAACACCCCCGUCGAGGUUGACAUCUACGCCCACGCAAACAGCACUUGCGUUAUGGGAUCUCGCAUGCUGAACGGACUUGGUGGAUCAGCAGACUUCUUGCGCUCAGCCAAGUAUAGUAUCAUGCACACGCCUUCAACGCGACCUUCAAAGACCGAUCCUCACGGAUUGAGUUGUAUCGUGCCUAUGUGCACACAUGUGGAUCAGACGGAGCACGAUCUUGACGUGGUCGUCACAGAGCAAGGACUUGCUGAUGUACGAGGAUUGAGUCCGAAGGAGCGGGCCAAGGUCAUUAUUGAGAAAUGUGCUCAUCCUGACUACAAACCCAUCUUGGAGGACUACUUCAAGAAGGCAGAGUUUGAAUGUUUGCGAAGAGGAUGGGGACAUGAGCCUCAUCUUUUGUGGAAUAGCUUUGAUAUGCACAAGGCUCUAGACCAGGAAGGUAGUAUGAAGAAACUCAAGACUUGGGGUUGA